CGAGGUGGGCGGGGAGGUCAGGUGACCCGGUUGGCGUCCCAAGAUGGCGGCGACGGCGGCGCCCGGAAGGCCGCGGCGGCGUCCAGGCUACUGAGGCGGGUCCUGGGUAGCUGGCGGUGGACCGGCCGAGCUGAGGGCCGGAGGACGGGCGGCCGCGGCCUCUGGGCGCCUCGCGGCCGGGGCUAGGCCGUGUGGCGGCAGCGCCGCCGGGGAAUGCUUGUGUUGGGCCCGGCCUCUCCCUCCUCAACUUAGGGCGGCGGCGGGCCCGCGCCCUGGCUCCCGGGCCAUGGCGCUGAGGGAACUCAAAGUGUGUCUGCUUGGGGAUACAGGUGUAGGAAAAUCGAGUAUUGUAUGGCGGUUUGUGGAAGACAGUUUUGAUCCAAACAUCAACCCAACAAUAGGGGCAUCUUUUAUGACCAAGACUGUCCAGUACCAAAAUGAGCUACAUAAAUUCCUAAUCUGGGAUACAGCUGGACAAGAACGAUUUCGUGCCUUAGCACCAAUGUACUAUCGAGGGUCGGCUGCAGCUAUAAUCGUUUAUGAUAUCACAAAAGAAGAGACAUUUUCAACAUUAAAGAAUUGGGUAAAAGAGCUUCGACAGCAUGGCCCACCUAAUAUUGUAGUUGCUAUUGCAGGAAAUAAGUGUGACCUUAUCGACGUAAGAGAAGUCAUGGAGAGAGAUGCUAAGGACUACGCUGACUCCAUUCAUGCAAUUUUUGUAGAGACCAGCGCAAAAAACGCGAUAAACAUAAAUGAACUCUUUAUAGAAAUUAGUCGAAGAAUUCCAUCCACUGACGCCAACCCGCCAUCUGGCGGUAAGGGCUUCAAACUCCGAAGACAGCCUUCAGAGCCAAAGCGAAGCUGCUGUUGACUGAGUUCUCAGACAGUGAUGAAGUAGGUGGUCCUGAAAGUUAACAGGAGGGCUGGGGUCCCUGCCACCAGUUUUCACAUAGCCGGUCUUGAGCCUUCUUCAUGCAAAAAUGAUUCACAGAAAUUGACCAGUUUUGAAGACUGCAGCAGUAUUUCAGUCUGUAGACUUCUGUUAUGUAAAGAAUUUCUGGUGUACGAAGGGACUACAUCAUUGGCUUUUGACCUUGCCGAAAAAGAAUGUAUAAUUGUAUGGAUGGUAGGAUUAAAUUGUUGAGUAGUUUUGUAAUCAAGAUUUUAUGUAACAUUUGUAAAGGGAAGAUUAGCACUUUUGUGGUCGUCGAGGGAAAAAAAAACCUCGUGGAGAUUGUAAUUUCCUUGGUUUCUGUUACCACUGUUAGAGGGGGGUUGUAUCAUUUAAAAGUGGUAGGAUAUCAUAAGUGGAGAGAUGGCGAUUAUUUGACACUAAAAUGGGUUAUUUAUAGGACUGGUGGAAACAAUUUCAUCUCUGCCAUCUCUAAAGCACUUUUCAUUGAAUUAUAUUAGCCUAGGAUGCAUAGAGUAAAUUAGCAAUGGUAACAGUAGGUGCCUAGCUCACUCUAGGUUUGCUUCUGACCCUGUCAUGUAUGUGUCUCCAGACACAUUAUUGGCACCUUUUUAAAUAAGCUCCCAUGAUCGAGAUGGUGAUAGUAGAGAAGCUGCCUGGAAUAAAUUGAAUUGCAUAUGUUCCAAACUGACUAGUGGAGUUUAAAAAAAAGAAGAAGAGAAAAAGUAAAGAAAGUAUGUAAAUGCUGUCAAUUAUUUAACCCAAGUAUUUUAGUGGGGAAAAACAAGUAUCUGUUGCUUAGCAUAUGUAAAGUUGUAGUCUGUAUUUAUGAGACCAUUGCUUAAAGAUUAUAAAUUAUGUAAAUACAUUAAUAAAUUUUAAAAGUUCCAUUCAACAUUCCA